AUGGAUGCAGAUCGACCAGAAACAGACCAUGUUACUUUUGGCCCAAGCUCUGGAAACCAGCGCAUUGAAAGAUGGUGGCUCACUCUGCGAAGUGAAUGUGUCCAAUUUUGGAUAGACUUCUUUGACAAACUGAGAGAGGAUGGGCACUUCACAGACACUCUUUUGGACAAAUCCUUGGUCCAGUUCUGUUUCCUUAACAAAAUCCAGAAGAGCAACUUUGGUGCAGUGAUCUGGAUUACUGGCUUUAAGAUGAAGAAGUCAGUGAGCAGCACCUGGUACCUGAGUCUGGCUCUGUCUGACUUCAUUUUCUGCGCUACUCUCCCUUUCACCAUUGACUACAUAGUGAAGAACAGCUGGAACUCUGGGCUCUUCAUGUGCAAGCUCAACGGUUUUGUGAUGCCCCUCAAUAUGUACAGCAGCAUUUUCAUCCUGGUCAUCAUUAGUGUGCAUCGCUGCACCACAGUCAAGUUUCCCGUCUGGGCCCAGAAUCAGAGCACUGUAAAGAAAGCUUCUAUAGUUGUUGUGUUGGCUUGGAUUGUGUCGUGUUUGCUUAGCAUCCCAUCUGCCACAUUCAGAAAGAUUAUAACUAUAGGAUCAACAGAUAUAUGCUAUAGCGACUAUGAGAAUCACCACAAAACCGUUGUGUCCAUGCAAUUUACUUUUGGGCUUUUGAUUCCAUUCCUGACCAUCUUCACCUGUUACUGCAUCCUGAUCCAUAAACUUAGAGCAAACCAAAUGUCCGAAUCCACCAAGCCCUUCAAGAUCAUGACAUUACUGAUCGCAGCUUUUUUCAUCUGUUGGUUGCCAUUUCAAAUAUUAUCUGUUUUAGUGUUGGACAUAUCUCAACACAGCUAUGCCCUUUACACAGCCCUACAAGUAUCCGUCAUUCUCGCCAGUGCAAACAGCUUUCUAAACCCGUUCAUCUAUGCAUUCAUGGCCAAAGACUUAAAUAAGAAAUGCUAUUCCUUUCUUUCGAAAAUUGAGAGCGCCAUCGAUGAAGAGACCCAAAGUGAUUUCAGAACAACUUCAAUUACCAAUUCUGAGGAUAACAGACUUUCCAAUGCUGUCUGAAAUUUAAACACGAGUGAUGGACUAAAGAUAUCUCUCUUUAUUCUCUUCCAAGUGUGAUUGGAGAAUGCUGGCCUAUAGACACAACUUACUGUAGCAUUAACAAUCAGUGCAUUUGUUUAAAAGUAAAAGUUAAAAAAAUGUAAAUAGAGGUUCGAUAUAAACUACUUUACAAGCCAUCGUAUUUUAUAUAAAAUUUUUGAAUGCAUGUAUUAAACAUCAUUUCGGCAAGAUCAACAAAUGUUUUCACGCUCCACAUCUCUCUCUCUCUCUUUGUUUUGCUAACAUACAUACAAAAUCUUGUUCUAACCAUUCUGUUUCAUUAAGUGCUUGUAAUUUUCUUAAUUAUUUCAUAUGCCUAUAAAUUAAAUCCAUACACAAUACA